UCAGCAACUCUAUAUCUAUACAAGUUGUACAUCUCUCUGAUUUACUAGUCAUGGUUGACACCAAAAUAAUAAAACUAAGUUUAAUUUUCUUUAUCAUCUACUCAGUUAAAUCUAGCCCACCUGAAGAUCCCAUAAAAUGUUCAUACAACACAAAUUUCAACUGCACCAUUACAAACUCCUACGGGGCAUUCCCAGAUCGCGCGAUUUGCAAGGCAUCUCAAGCUAUUUAUCCAUCGACAGAAGAAGAACUCAUUUCUAUAGUAGCAAAUGCAACAAGAGAAAAGAGAAAAAUGAAAGUCGCCACUCGAUUUUCUCAUAGCAUACCUAAAUUGGUAUGUCUAGACAAUGAUGAUCAAUACCGCGGGUUACUUAUAAGUACAAAAUACCUAAACAAGAUCUUGAGAAUCGAUCAAGAAGACAUGAGUAUAACUGUUGAAAGUGGGGUGACAUUGAAACAACUUAUUAGUGAGGCGGGUAAAGCAGGAUUGGUCCUGCCUUACGCACCUUAUUGGUGGGGUUUAACAAUUGGGGGCUUAAUUGGGACCGGAGCUCAUGGAAGUUCACUUUGGGGUAUGGGAAGUUCGGUACAUGAUUAUAUUAUGCGACUUCGAAUCGUUACACCAGCUGAUGCGUCGUAUAAUUAUGCUAAAGUUCAUAUAUUGGAAAAUGGUAGCUCUGAGCUGAAUGCAGUUAGAGUGUCACUAGGUGUUCUUGGAGUUGUUUCACAGGUGACACUAAAACUAGAACGUGUGUUCAAACGUUCAAUUACACUUUCAGAAAGGGAUGAUUCAAACUUAGGGGAAGAUGCAUCUACCUUUGGGAGACAACAUGAAUUUGCUGAUUUUACAUGGUCUCCGAGCCAACGCAAGGUUAUUUAUAGGAUCGAUGAUCGAGUUUCUGCCAGCACUCCUGGCAAUGCCCUUAAUGACUUUUUUGGAUUUCGCUCUACAUCUUCACUCGUUCUCGCCAUUUUAAGAACUACAGAGGAGUAUCAAGAAUCAAAAAAUGAUGCUGGUGGAAAAUGCUCAAGUGCCAAACUAACUACUUCCACAUUGAAGAUUGGUGCUUAUGGGUUGACAAAUAAUGGUUUUACCUUUACUGGCUACCCAGUGGUUGGAUUACACAAUCGAGUCCAAGCAUCAGGAACAUGCCUAGACAGUCUAGAAGAUGCAACAAUCACAACAUGCCCUUGGGACCAUAGAGUUAAAGGUCUAUUUUUUCACCAAACAACAUUUAGCAUUAGCUUAUCCAAAGUCAAAGGCUUUAUUGAAGAUGUUCAAAAACUUGUUGUUUUAGAGCCUAAAGCACUAUGCGUCCUUGACUUAUACAAUGGAAUCCUCAUGAGGUAUGUUACAACUUCAAAUGCUUACUUAGGUAAGCAAGAAGAUGGUUUGGAUUUUGACAUCACAUAUUAUAGAAGCAAAGACCCAAUGUCCCCUAGACUUUUUGAAGAUAUUAUUGAAGAGGUAGAACAACUAGCAUAUUUCAAAUAUGGGGCAUUGCCACAUUGGGGUAAAAAUAGGAAUGUAGCAUUUAUUGGUGCAAUCAACAAGUACAAAAAUGUUGAUAAAUUCUUGAAAGUGAAACAAAGUUAUGAUCAAUUAGGAUUAUUUUCAAGUGAGUGGACAAAUCAAGUUUUAGGGUUAAAAGAUGGGUUGACCAUAGUCAAAGAAGGGUGUGCACUAGAAGGACUAUGCAUUUGCUCUGAAGAUAUUCAUUGUGCCCCAAAGAAGGGUUACUUUUGUCGACCAGGCAGAAUUUACAAAGAUGCCAGGGUGUGUACUCGUUUAUUGUCACGAUAAAAUACUUAUUCUAAUAAGUUAUAUCAAUGGUGUAUGC